UCCGGCAGCGGGGAGAUGGGUUUAAAAAGCAGCCACACGGGCCGAAUCAAGCCCAUAAGUCGGGGGUCGGCGGGACCUUCCCGUGGUAGUCGCUCUUCCAAAACCUUCAAACCAAAGAAGAAUAUUCCAGAGGGCUCUCACCAGUACGAGCUGCUAAAACAUGCUGAAGCCACGCUUGGCAGCGGUAAUCUCCGGAUGGCUGUUAUGCUUCCAGAGGGUGAAGACUUAAAUGAAUGGGUUGCAGUUAACAGUAAUGGUAGUCGCUCUUCCAAAACCUUCAAACCAAAGAAGAAUAUUCCAGAGGGCUCUCACCAGUACGAGCUGCUAAAACAUGCUGAAGCCACGCUUGGCAGCGGUAAUCUCCGGAUGGCUGUUAUGCUUCCAGAGGGUGAAGACUUAAAUGAAUGGGUUGCAGUUAACACUGUUGACUUCUUCAACCAGAUCAAUAUGCUUUAUGGGACCAUUACGGACUUCUGCACGGAGGAGAGCUGCCCCGUGAUGUCUGCUGGCCCAAAAUAUGAGUACCACUGGGCAGAUGGGACAAACAUAAAGAAACCAAUUAAGUGCUCUGCACCAAAGUACAUUGAUUACCUGAUGACUUGGGUCCAGGAUCAGCUGGAUGAUGAAACGCUAUUUCCUUCUAAAAUAGGUGUACCCUUCCCAAAGAAUUUCAUGUCAGUGGCAAAGACAAUUUUAAAGCGUCUCUUCAGAGUUUACGCUCACAUUUAUCACCAGCACUUUGAUCCAGUGAUCCAGCUGCAGGAAGAGGCACACCUUAACACUUCUUUCAAGCACUUUAUAUUUUUUGUUCAGGAAUUCAACCUUAUUGAUAGAAGAGAACUUGCACCACUUCAGGAACUGAUUGAAAAACUCACCUCUAAGGACAGAUAAAAGGAAGAGGAUUUCUUGAAAAAUCCCUUGUUUCUUUAAGCGAGCGUGUGGUAUUUUUUUGUUCGUUUGUUUUUUUUUUUUAAAAAACAACACAAAACCCUGUGCUGUUACUAAUGACGGCCAAGAUCUACUUUCUGUGCUUUUCUUAGGGGAAAUCUUUUCUCUGUUAGUGACACGUGGUAAAUAGCUUUGGUUUGGUUUAUUUUUUUUUUUUUUCCUCCCCCGAUUGUUGUUAAUUCAUUGUGGAAUUUUAGCAGGUGCUGAGUGUUUAUAAAGGAAACAUGCUUGGGUGGGGGAUUGACUCUGCUGGUGGAUGGGUUCUUGUGUUGUGGCAGUGGUUGCCCGUUCUCACGAAAGUCCCUAAAAGACUUGCUUAUUUUCCUCUAAGUGCCUUGGCAGACUCACUUCUGAGGUGCAAAGCACAUACAAUACUCAACAUUGCUGGAAACAGAAAAUACAAACUAACACCCAGGACACUUACUGAUACUUCUUUUAGAAAAAGAAAUAUAUAUAUAUGCUUACACUAAAAAAAAAAAAGCCAUAACUUA